AUGCCUCGCACACCAGUAUACUUCGUCUCCCAUGGAGGACCAACCACGAUGUACGACAAGGACCAUAAGGUCUACUCAAAACUCGAAGCGAUAGGACAAGAGAUUACCCAGAAGGUGAAACCGAAAGCUAUUGUUGUCUUUUCGGCACACUGGCAAGCAGAAAGGCCAAACACGAUCGAAGUCAAUGUUUCAGAGCAAGAGCCGCUUCUCUACGACUUUUAUGGCUUUCCGAAGCAUUACUACCUGGAGAAAUUUCCGAAUAGAGGGUCCAGCGAGCUCGGGCAGAGGGUGAUCCAGUUAUUGACGGAAGCCGGAAUCAAGGCUGUUCCUGAGGAGAGAGGUCUCGACCAUGGAGUCUUCGUUCCAUUCAAGAUCAUGUUUGCGCCAGACAAGAAUCCACUCCAAAUACCUAUCGUGCAAGUCAGCUUGUUCGACAACGAGACAGACGCAGCAGCUCAUAUUAGGUUGGGCCGAGCAGUAGAGAAGCUCAGAGAGGAGAACGUCCAGAUCAUAGUGAGUGGAAUGGCGGUGCACAACCUAAGGGAUCUGUGGGCGACCCGAGCAAGUGGUCAGACAAUGCCAUACUCAAUCAGCUUCGACAAGGCUAUGAAGGAUGCGGUCGAGACUUCGCCUGACGCAGGUCGUGAUCAAGCUGUGGAGAACCUUCUAAAAAGACCGGAUGCAAGAAAAGCUCAUCCAACCUUCGAGCAUCUGUUGCCGAUACACGUUGGUGUAGGUGCUGCCGGUGCAGACACUGGCAAACAGCUUUGGACACUACCUGAAGGAAGCAUGAGUUGGGCUCAAUAUAGGUUCGGAGAGGUUGAAGCAUGA